AUGGCCGCAAGAGUGCUACUGCAACGGAGCGCGGUGGCCCCAGUCACGGCCACCCUUCUCCUCGGCGGCUUCGCCCUCCAGCCGACCAUUGCCCACGCCGAAGCUCCGUCCCGAAAGCCUAUCUACGACGACGUCGAGGACGUGGCCCCGGCCAAGAUUGAGCCCGUCGCUUCGGCCCCUCCCAAUGCCUUGAUCCCGGUGACCCCCGUCGAGCAGGCUCCUCGCCGGCCCACCCCCACCGACCGCCUCGCCGUCGAGAUCGGCAAGGCCCGCCUCUUCCUCUACCGUCAGGUUGUGGUUGCCGAGGAUGCCGUUAACCGCACCGUCGACAAGGCGUUCAACCUCGAGCAGUCCUUCACCAAUACCAUUGCCUCGCUCGCGCCGUCCAAGGAGAGCGGCGAGAAGCUCAUGCCCGGCGCCGUCUAUGUCCUCGGCUACCGCCCCCUGGUCUUCGGUACCGGUGCCGCCUGGGUUGUGCUUCCCGUCACCAUGAACAACGUCUCCAACCUGGCGUGGAAGUAUGAGCAGAGGUUCCCCGCCGUCGCCUCCACCCACACCCAAGUGCGGGACUCGAUCAAGCAGGGACUGCACUUUGCCAAGCUCCACAAGGAUGUAGGCAUUCAGUAUGUUGACGAUACAGUAUCGAAUGCGAGGGAGACCGUGGAGAGCUGGGUAAGGAAGGGUAAAUAA